CGCCUUCGGGCCGCGCCGGGGGUAUAUCUUGGGGGCACCGGGGCAUCGGAGCAUCACUUUCGAUCAGGCUCGAAGUGUGACAGUGACCAAGAUGAGGACCUUCGCCUUCCCCUUGGCGGUCGCCGCUGCGCUUUUCGCCUGUUCGCUGGUCCAAGGACGGCAUCUUAACGAAGAAGCACGGUUUCUAGAACAACAAUACCAGUCAAAGGGAGCCGUCAAGGGAGCUCUCCUUCAGCAACAACAAGCAUCACAGGUCAAGGGAGCCCUCAAGGGAGCCAUCAAGGGUGGCCUUCUUCAGCAGCAAGCACAAGCGCAAGUCCAGGGAGCCCUCAAGGGAGCUAUCAAGGGUGGCCUCCUUCAGCAACAACAAGCCGCACAGGUCAAGGGAGGUCUGAAGGGAGCCAUCAAGGGUGGCCUUCUUCAGCAGCAAGCACAAGCACAAGUCCAGGGAGCUCUCAAGGGAGCCGUGAAGGGAGCCCUCCUUCAGCAACAGCAAGCCGCACAGGUCAAGGGAGCCCUCAAGGGAGCUAUUAAGGGAGGCCUUCUUCAGCAACAACAAGCCGCACAGGUCAAGGGAGGACUCAAGGGAGCCAUCAAGGGUGGUCUGCUUCAGCAGCAAGCACAAGCGCAAGUCCAGGGAGCUCUCAAGGGAGCCGUGAAGGGAGCCCUCCUUCAGCAACAGCAAGCCGCACAGGUCAAGGGAGCCCUCAAGGGAGCUAUUAAGGGAGGCCUUCUUCAGCAACAACAAGCCGCACAGGUCAAGGGAGGACUCAAGGGAGCCAUCAAGGGUGGUCUGCUUCAGCAGCAAGCACAAGCGCAAGUCCAGGGAGCUCUCAAGGGAGCCGUGAAGGGAGCCCUCCUUCAGCAACAGCAAGCCGCACAGGUCAAGGGAGCCCUCAAGGGAGCUAUUAAGGGAGGCCUUCUUCAGCAACAACAAGCCGCACAGGUCAAGGGAGGACUCAAGGGAGCCAUCAAGGGUGGUCUGCUUCAGCAGCAAGCACAAGCGCAAGUCCAGGGAGCUCUCAAGGGAGCCGUGAAGGGAGCACUCCUUCAGCAACAGCAAGCCGCACAGGUCAAGGGAGCCCUCAAGGGAGCUAUUAAGGGAGGCCUUCUUCAGCAACAACAAGCCGCACAGGUCAAGGGAGCCCUCAAGGGAGCUAUCAAGGGAGGCCUCCUUCAGCAACAACAAGCCGCACAGGUCAAGGGAGGUCUCAAGGGAGCCAUCAAGGGUGGUCUUCUUCAGCAGCAAGCACAAGCGCAAGUCCAGGGAGCACUUAAGGGAGCCGUUAAGGGUGGUCUGCUUCAGCAGCAAGCACAAGCGCAAGUCCAGGGAGCUCUCAAGGGAGCCCUGAAGGGUGGUCUCGUUCAACAGGCUGCCGCACAGCAGGCCUACCAACAAGCCGCCGCUCAACAAUUCGCUGGCCGUUAAUACCUGAAAGAGUGAAUAAGUGUUGCUUGUGCGACAGUGUAAAGACUUGUUCGGGUGCUUAAACAGUAAUAAAAUUAUUUUGUUG